AUGGAUAAUAAAGUGAAGCAACGUAUAUGUGGACUUCUGGGUGGUUUGUCCUAUGUCUCGACAACUGAUUAUUACAAUCAAAUCAAUGAACUCAUUGGUAAAUCAUUACCUGGCCAUGGCAGUUGUAUUCAUAUUGUUUCAGUUGAUAUUUUUCCUUAUAUUGAACUAUUUAAUAAAAAUCAAACAGCUGAAGUUGUGAAUAAUCUUCUCGAAGCUGUUCAUCAAUUAGUUAAAAGUGGUAUCGAUUUUUUACUUAUUGCUUCUAAUACAGGUAAAAUAUUAUUAGUAUGUUUUGCCUAUAUAUUGACCUUUAUCUUAGGUCAUAUUGCUGCACCUCGAAUAACUGAAUAUUAUCCAAAUCUUGUUUUUAUUCAUAUAAGCGAUGCCGUCGCAUUUGCUAUCAAAGAAAAAAAAUUAAAAAAGAUCGGCUUUUUGGGAACAAAAUUUGCAAUGAAAUUAGACAGUUGUGUAGUUAAACGUCUUUUAGAACAUAAUUUAGAUAUUGUAUUACCUCGUAAUGAAGAUAUAGAUCGUCUACAUCAAAUUAUUAUUGUUGAAUUAAUUAAUAAUAUAUUUACUACUGAAUCAAAACAAUUUUAUAUAUCUGCUAUGCAACGUUUAUAUGAUGAACAACAAGUUGAAGGAAUUAUACUCGGUUGUACGGAAAUUCCUCAACUGGUUCAUCAAAAUGAAGUUCCUCAUUUGCCAUUAUUUGAUUCAACACAAUUACAUGUACAAUUAGCAGUCGAUUAUCAACUUGGUCGAUGUGAUAUAGAACGAUUUUUACCAGUAAUAACCACAAAAAAAGAUUGA